AUUUCCUGUACGUACAAAAGAGUUGACGUAUUUGACGUUAACUAGCACAGGAAGUUCUUUUACUUGACAGCUUUCCUUAAUCGGCUAUCUUACUAGAGAUAUUACUAGUAAAUACGUAAUAUAUCUCAACAUUUUCUAAUUCGACUGUUAUGCGUCAGGCUCGCUGAGGGCAGCGGUGUAGUUUGAGUGAGUGAGAGUGUGUGUUUGUGGAGGUGGAGGAGAUGUCGUGCUCGCUGGAGAAGGUGCUGGGCGACGCGCGGACGCUGCUGGAGCGGCUGAAGGAGCACGACACGGCCGCGGAGAGUCUCAUCGAGCAGUCGAGCGUCCUCAACCACAAGAUCCACAGCAUGAAGGAGGUCGAAAACACUCUUCCUGACAAGUACAUGGAGGAAAGCACAGAGUAUCAGGAGCUGUCCAGAUACAAACCUCACAUCCUGCUGACCCAGGAGAACACCCAAAUCAAAGACCUCCAGCAGGAGAACAGAGAGCUCUGCCUCUCUCUGGAGGAGCACCAGUACGCUUUAGAGCUGAUCAUGGGCCGAUACCGAAAACAGAUGCUUCAGCUGAUGAUGGAAAAGAAAGAGCUGGAUGCCAAACCUGUGCUUAGCCUUCACCAGGAUCAAGCCAAGGAGGUUCAAAGCCAGUUGGAGCGGAUCUGUGAAAUGGGUCAAGUAAUGCGUCGAGCUGUGCAGGUGGACGACCAGCGCUACUGCUCUGUAAAAGAGCAAUUGGCACAGCUUGAAAUUGAAAACAAGGAGCUCAGGGGUCUGCUGUCCAUCAGCAACAGCUCCGUGAGGCCGCAGAGAGAGGAGACAAACCCUGCAGAGACGGCAGCCCAGAGCCCAAAGAAACAACAGCCCUAAUAGAGGAAAUCUUACUUUAGAUGGCAGUUUGUAUAUUUGUAUGUCGGGUGACUUGGCGUCAUAAUAUCUGUAUUGGGUUCUCUAGUGUUGAAUUGAACUGUCCUGGCGGGGGUUUAACUUCCUGCUGCCUGAUGAUGCACUUUCUGAUGUUUAUUAUUAGUGAUGGUAGUGUUUUUGUUCAGGAAAGACGUAUCACCUCUUCAGUUUUUUAAUAAUAGAUGCUUAAUAACUUAAAUUUUCAUUUGUUAUUAAGUAAGUAAAUUUGCAUUAUAGAUCAGUUCUGGCUCUAUUUCUGUUUGCAUUUUCCAAAAAAAAAAAAAAAAAAAGGUUUAUUUUAAAAUGAUUGAUUUUUGUCUUAAAUUGAUUUAGCCUUUGCAGGAUUAUAGGUCUUUUUAGGUCACAUGAUUAAAUUGUGUUUGGAGUACAUUCUAUAUUUGUGAAAACAGAUUAUUAACAGGCCUAUUAACUAACUUCAGCAUAAGAUCAGUUGUAUGUAUCAGCAGUAUUGCAUCUUUCAACAGUUUGAUGUUAUAAUCUCGUGCGCCGUGUAACAUGUACAGCACACCUCCACAGUUUUAUGAUCAGAAUCAUCUUAAAAUGGCCUUUUAAACAAUUGCCAGUCUUUGUAUUGUAAAUCGUUGUAUUUUCUUCUCAGGAAAGCAAUCAUAUGUACUGCAGUUGUUAUUUUGUAUAACACAAUAUGUAAAAUAAAAUACAAGU